AUGUGUGACGCAUGCCAGGACGACCCGCGCUUCAUAUCGUUGACGAACCAGUCCAACAACUGCAUUUUGCGCUUCACGGUCUUCGCCCGUUGUGCACGUGAACUGGGAGAGGAGGACACGCGCUGCAAGUAUCAGUACUACCGUGCCCAGUGUGCAUGCCCCGAGUCGCAGUUGGAGGACUGGAUGGAACAUCGUGCUCGUGGCUCCUGCCAUCUCGACGUUCUGCCUGACCGCAGCACUGUUCACUGCAAGCAGCUCAAAUCUCCAGAGUCUAGAUCUCCAUGUCCCGGUAUUGAACUUGGGAAUUCUGUCCGCUUCGGAGGCUGGAAGUGGGAAGAAGCAAGCAUCAUGUACGGCAAGGACAACUAUGCGAUGCAGCAAGGAUAUCCAUAUGGUGCUUAUGAGCUGGGGCCGUCGAAGCCGCUCAUGGGACCACCGCAGACGAUGACACGGCAGCGCGUCAACUUGAUUGGCAUCAUCAUGGCGCUGUUUGUGCCGUGGUUCGUGUUCAUCGGCAUGUGCGGACUGUGGUGCUUCAAGUUGCGGUACACAUCGCCUGGAGUGGUGAUGGUCAUCACGCUCGCGCUGGGAAUUCUUCUUGGGCUCUACACCCUCCAUAGGGUUCUGCUGUCGUGCCGGGCCAUCAUGUUUGGCCAGUACCACUUGGUUGAAACAGGAAGAUUUGCAGUGUGGCUACUUUUCAUUGCGGUCACUGCUUCCAUUGCCUUCGUGCUGGGCAUGCUCAUUGGCAGCUACAAUUACCAGACGAACAUGCGCUCGAUCUUCGAUGUGGUGUCGCUGAACUCAUACGUUGAGGUCAAUCCUGCAACGAUGAGGGGCCAGGAGCUGAUGGACGCAGGCAAGGUCCAGUUCGUAGCAGGAGCUGGUCUGGACUUCCACCUGGCCAACGGGUUCAAGAACACUGACAUUUUUUGUGUCGCACCCAUAACCGUGAACAACAUGGUGCUGGCUUCCUAUGACUUCUGGGCGGUGGGCAAGAAUUGUUGUUCCGAUCAGCAAGCAGACUUCAAGUGCGGAGCGUACAACAGUGAUGGUCCCAAGGGAGGCUUGAGGAUAACCAGCGACGAGGAUCGAGACUUCUACAGGCUUGCAGUGCAGCAGGCCGAAUCUGCUUAUGCAAUCAAGGCCAUCCAUCCGCUCUUCUUCGAAUGGACAGCGGACUCCUCCAAACAGGUCUUGGACGAUGAACGUGCUGGAUACCAGAUGUUUCUCAUGAGCAUCAUUGCGCACUUCGUUUUCCAAGCCUUUCUGGUCUUGAUAUCAGUUGCAUGUUUCACAAAGUACAGAUUCGAGUGA